GGCGUCCAUGUGGACGAUGGGAACUGGAAAAAAUAAUAAUUUUACAUUGUUUUUUCGUUGUAAAUACGUGGCGUAGAAAUAAAGCGAGCGGAGUCAUAAUGAAUCGAAUUAAACUAUUAUUAUUAUCGCUUGUGUAAAGUAAUUGAAUUAGGAGAUAAUGAGGAGUUUAAAAACGCCAGCUCGACGGGCGAGAGCGCUCAGUAUUCGAAAAGUCGCGGCGUCGUUUCGGUCGGUUCCGGAUUUUCUAUUAUUUUUCGAAAAAACAAGAACAAAAUGCCGUCGAAAAUUAUCCUCGUUUGCGCUUUGUUCGCCGCUUGCCUUUCGCCAUUCGAAUGCUCGACGGCCGUCAUUCGGGAUUGCGGCUCCGUGGACGGGACGGCGGUGAAAGUGGAUCUGGCCGGUUGCGAAAACCAGCGUUAUUGUCCUUUAGUAAGCGGCAAAAACGCCACUUUGACUGCCACAUUCCAAUCCAAAGUGGAGUCGAGUUCGCUGAAAGCGCUGGUGUAUGGUAAACUGGGCCCGUUGAAGAUCAAGUUCAAUUUACCGAAUUCGGACGCUUGUUCGUCGGGGGUUGCUUGCCCGUUGAAGCCUAAUGAAAAUUAUGUGUACAAUCUGAGCAUCUACGUGAAACGGUCCUAUCCGAAGAUCAACGUGGAGAUUCAGUUCGAAUUGCGAGAUGCCAACGGGAAGGACGUGGUUUGUUCGAUAAUUCCCGCCGUGAUUGUUGGAAGCAAAUGAAUGGGAUGGCUUUAGUUUUUUGUACGAUUCGUUUUGAUGAAAUAUAUAUUAUUUAUUAUUUUCUG